GGCUCGGCGCAUGCGCGCUGAUCCAGCAACCGAAAGCCGCCGAGUGCUUGCGUCGGGCCGGUGGGGAAAUUCAAACAGCGAGGGGACGGACGGCCGCCCACUCCCCGCGACCGGGCGCACAGCGGGGCAGGUGCACCAUGGCUGCCGCACAGCCACCCAUCGAAGAGACAGGACUCAACGGUUCUUGGGUGGAGUUGCACAUAAAGAACAAUGGGAAUGGGAAUGAUAACGGCGCUGGGCGAAACGGAGGGUUGGAACAUGUGCCCUCAUCAUCCUCCAUCCAUGACGGAGACAUGGAAAAAAUCCUUUUGGAUGCCCAGCAUGAAUCUGGUCAGAGUAGCUCGAGGGGAAGUUCCCAUGCUGACAGUCAGUCUCGACCCCAAACACCUCAGAUGACUCAAGCAGUCUUUGAAGUAGAGCCGCAAAGCAGCAGGGACAACAGUUCUCAGUCUGAAGAUGAUGGUCUGGAACGAGACCGUGAGAUGGAAGUUAUGAUGAAGAAGCAUGCUGGAUGGAUUUCUGACUGGUCAAGUCGACCUGAAAACAUUCCUCCAAAGGAAUUUCAUUUCAAACAUCCUAAGCGUUCAGUCACGCUCAGUAUGAGGAAAACUGCAGCAAUGAAGAAAGGAGGCGUAUUUUCUGCUGAAUUUUUGAAGGUUCUGUUUCCUUCCCUGCUUCUGUCACAUGUUCUGGCUCUUGGCCUUGGGAUCUACAUUGGGAAAAGACUGACAACCUCAUCAUCCAGCACCUUCUGAGAGCCAGAUUCAGAUUUAAACAUGACCUGUGAAAUUGUGUUGAUGUCCCAUCAAUACAUUUGAAUUGGAGGAAGAAAAAUACCCAUCACAAGCACAAGACAUCCCAUCUCAUCACAUAUUCCCCUUUGUUACUUUGUAGGGAAUGCUUUCCUGAGCACUAACUGGACUCCUCUCUUGCACUUUGACUUGUUAAGCAAGUUGUGUUACCACCUUACAGCAACCCUAAUAUGCUUUUAAUUAAUUGUUUGCAUCAGUGUGAAGUAGAUUCACCAGCAAACACCUUUGAAGAUCUGUUCAAUGCAUCUUUUAGUGCAGGCAUUUAGAUUAUAAAAUAGCACAACUUAUGCACAGCACAAAAGGUGUCAGUAGGGUUGGGAAAAGAAAGGUUUGGUGCCCAGCAGCAUUGAACCAACAAAGCAGUGGGCAAUGAAGUCUCACGUUUAACAUUUACAACCUCUUGAGUAAACAGCUAAAUACUUGAACUAACAAAUCAACGUAUUGUUUUGCUGAUGAAGUUAUUUCAGUUAGCUUUAUGUUUUUGAUUGUGAUGAUUGGCAUUAUAUUUAAUCUAUUAUGUAUUCUCUUACCUAACCAUAAAUCACUGCUUCUUUACAUGCUUGAUGCUAACAAGAAAGCAGCCAUGCAAUUUGGCCUUGACUCUACUGAUCAAAUCAGUGUUUUUUUGUCUUUGCUUUCUAUGUCUUCCCUGAAACAUUUUCAGAAUUCUAAAGUUAAUUGUGAUAUUUGUUUAAGAAUUAAUUUUUACCUCUGAAUGUUGAUAACAUCUCUCUAUUUCAAGCACACUUUAUUGACCUUGCCAAUCUACACCCUGUUCCCACCUGAUGUUUCCUAACAGGUUUCAUGGGGGAAAGAAAUAUGAGCUGAUUUCCUCCCUUUGCAGAUCCUAUUGCCAGCAAAUACUGAGACCAGUUGUGAUAUCCCAGCUAAGAUUUGGUAAGUCAGCCCAGACUGGUGAUUAUCCCUGAAACUGAAGGAUCCAAACUCUGAACCCUCUGAUGGGCAAAAUUCAGAGAUCUCACCAUUAUUUGAGGAUAUGAACUACUGACAGCAAUGUACACCUUGGGCUACAAAUGAUAAUUUCUGCUGUUUUGUCACAUCCUAUUUGACUAAGCUGCAAUGCUCUGGAUAUUUUAUCCUUUCCCCUAAUACUUUAAUAGGAAGAUUUUAGUUAUGGAAGCUAAUACAUUAAAACUAUGUCCUAUAACCUUUCAGUUUAUUUCUGUCUUUUGUUUUCAGCGUAGUUGCAAUCUUCUGUUUGGGUAAUAGUUGGAGCAGGGUUUCCCAACCUUUUUUAUGCCAUGGACUCCAGGUUCGGAACCCCUGAUUUUGAGUAAUACUUUAGAUUUUUUCAUACAUGGGGUUUAAUUCAGCUAAUUCUGAUGGGAUGAGCAGGUCUAUUUUCUCUUAGUUAUAAGAAUUCUGCCCCAAGUAAGUUAAGGCAAUCUGAGUCCGGUUCCCAAAGUGUUGGCAUGUGUAACACAAAAUUGCCCUCAGUUCUUCAUUGAUUUCACAGUCCUCUUUAGUAUUGCUAUCUGGUGAGAAGUAGAGGAACCCCAGUGUGUUGGGGCUGCUUUGAGACUGAAGCAGUGUUAAAGAGCUUAAUUCUGCUCCAUUGUAGUGGGCUGACUCUGGAUAUUGUUGCAGGGAUGUUUGAUAUUUCAUUCCACUACAUGACUUCCCCUGGAAUUGAAGAAUAUAAAAGCCCCCUCCUACAAAAUGGCUCUUUUAGCUAACUCAUGAUGUUAAGCAAAAUUAUUUGAUCAUAUUGACCAGGGGGAGAAAAUAAAGUUUGGAAAGUGAUUUUUGUAAAGUUUCUUUUAAGAAAAACAAGUAAAAUUUAAAACAAAGUGAAUUUGUUUAAAUUCUCUUGAGAUAAUGUAGCUCCUGUUGUAUGUCUAGUUCCAGUAAAAUACAACCAAGGAGGAUUCUUGUUUAAGAAAAUAUUGGUUUGAAAUGAAUGUUGCUUGUUCUCCAGUGAAAAGAUAUCCUUGUCUGAAUGCUGUCUGCAGAAGAAGCUCAGUGCAGUCUGAAAAUGUAUUGUUUUCCUUCCAUUUCCAGCUCUUGAGAUCUAGACAAUUUCUUUCAGUUUCAGUUUGUUGAAGGGGAUGGUGAUAUACCAGAGAAUUACUGAUUUUGUGCCAAUAUAACAUGUCAAUUUUUAAGAAAGAUGUUGGAAUGCUGUUUUAAUUAAAGCAAAAGCCCAGGAUAUACUGAAAGAUAUAUUCAGAGAUUGUAAGCUUGAAGGACAUAAUAUCACAAAAUGAUUGAGAAAUGCAGUUUCUCAAAGAAAGGGCAAUCAACUUUGCAUAGGACCCUUCAAAACAUCUAUGUGGAAUCAGCUGCCAGAGGAAAUGGCUGAGGCCGGUAUAAUAAAAGCUUCGAAAAUACAUUUGGAUGGGUACAUGAAUUGGAAAGGUUUAGAAGCUUCUAGGCCAAAUGCUGACAGGUAGGACUAAAUUGGAUGGGGCAUCAUAGUCGGUAUAGACCAGUUGGGUCGAAGAGUCUGUGUCUGUGCUGUAUACCUUUUGUCUAUGACCAAGGAAGGUUCCUGACUGAAGCAGUCUUCAUUUUCUCCUGCGAAUGUUGCACCGUGCAGUAAGAAUAUUUGUUUUGUGCACAAUACCUUAAAUUGCAUGUCUGUAUAUGCCAAAUUGGCUCUGAAAUGCUCAAGGAUUGGUUGAGUGCAGGCAGUGAGAUUGUGACCAUCAUAUGGGGACACCACAGUAGUGUGGUUGUUAGCAUGACGCUAUAACAGCUCGGGGAGUUCCAAAAUUCAGAGUUCAAUUCUGGCACCGUCUGCAAGAAAUUUGUACAUUCUCGCCGUGAGAGCAUGGGUUCCCUCCGGGUGCUCCAAUUUCCUCCCACAGUCCAAAGGUAUACUGGUUAGUAGGUUAAUUGGUUAUUGUAAAUUGUCCUGUGAUCAGGCUGGUGAUAAAUGGUUGGGUUAUUGGGUGGUGCAGCUCAUUGGGCUAGGAAGGCUUGUUCUGCGCUAGAUAUCUAAAUGAACUAAAUAUUGUUUUCAAUGAGAGGAGGUGUGGGGGUGAAGGAACUGUCCUCAACUUAAAUUGCACUUUGAAAUAUUAGAAGGAGCACAGCUUUACAAGAUUGAAUUAAUUCCCCAUACCUCCCAAUCAACAAAGUAGAAAAGAUUAUACUUUGAUCUUUAGCAUAAACAUUUAACUGACAGGUAUUUAUAUGGUAAUAAAAUAACCUAAAUAUUGCACAUUAGUGUGUUAUGCCUGCAGCAGCCAAGAUGUCAAUGUGCAGCACAUAUUACUGAAAAAAAGUUACAAUUUAAAAUAAAUAUUUUCUUCAUUAAUUUUGAAUUGGUGGGACAGGUUUUCAAAAAUGAAUCUGUUGAAUUUAACUGAGCCAAAGCGAAUAUCAACAUACCUGGCAAUUAUCUAGUUAGCACUUUGUAUUAUGUAUUCUGAUUAAUGUAAAAUUAGUAUCAUAACCAUUUUUGUGCCAUUAAACAUAUAAAUACAA